CCCCCCCCCAAAAUCACCAAAAUGCCAGCCUCUUCCUCAUCCCUCACCAUCACCUCCAAAUCCACCGUCUACCCCUCCGCCGCCGCUGCGGCCGCCGCCGACUCGCUGAAGCUCUCCGUCUCCGACCUCCCGAUGCUCUCUUGCCACUACAUCCAAAAGGGUGUCCUCCUCUCCGACCCCCCUCUCCUCACCUUCUCCGACCUCGCCCUCCUCCUCAAGCGGGCUCUCUCCCUCACCCUCUCCCACUUCCCCGCCCUCGCCGGCCGCCUCUCGACUGACCCUCUCGGCCAUGUCCACAUUCUCUGCAACGACGCCGGAGUCGACUUCAUCGAGGCCAAGGCCAAGCACCUCACCGUCCGCGGCGUCCUCUCCCCCGACAAGGACGUCCCGGAUUGCGUCAAGCAAUUCUUCGCCUUUGACCGGACCGUCAGCUACAACGGCCACUUCCUCCCGCUGCUCGCCGUCCAGGUCACCGAGCUGGCCGACGGCGUCUUCGUCGGCUGCACUGUCAACCACGCCGUCACUGACGGCACCUCAUUCUGGCACUUCUUCAACACGUUCGCCGAGGCAGCCCGGGGCUCGAAGCGCCCAUCGAACUCCCCAGAUUUCCGCCGCGACAACGUGUUCGUCUCGCCGUCGGCGGUCCUCCGCCUCCCCGCCGGCGGCCCGGCCGCGACGUUCUCCCAGGACGAGCCGCUGCGCGAGCGGAUCUUCCACUUCAGCCGAGCCGCGAUCCUGAAGAUGAAGUCAGUAGCCAACAGCGCUGGCGUCUCCCCGGCGGUGGCCGAGAUCAUGGGGAAGCAGAGCCACGACGGCUUGAGGGCCGGGAACGGGAAGGUAUCGCCAUCUCCGAACGCCAGGGCGCCGACGGAGAUAUCGUCCUUCCAGUCGCUGUGCGGGCAGCUAUGGCGGAGCGUCACGCGCGCGAGGAAACUGGCCCCGUCCAAGACGGCGACGUUCCGGAUGGCCGUCAACUGCCGCCACCGGCUCGAGCCGCGGCUGGAGCCGUACUACUUCGGCAACGCGAUCCAGAGCAUCCCGACCGUCGCCUCCGCCGCGGAGCUGCUGUCCCGGGACCUGGGGUGGUGCGCGGGGCUGUUGCACCGGAACGUCGUCGCGCACGGCGACGCCACGGUGCGGCGGGGCGUUGAGGGCUGGGAGAGGGAGCCGCGGCUGUUCCCGCUGGGCAACUUCGACGGCGCGUCGAUCACGAUGGGGAGCUCGCCGAGGUUCCCCAUGUACGAGAACGACUUCGGGUGGGGGCGCCCGUUGGCCGUGAGGAGCGGCAGGGCGAACAAGUUCGACGGCAAGAUCUCGGCGUUCCCCGGGCGGGAGGGCGGCGGGUCCGUCGAUCUCGAGGUGAUGCUGGCGCCGGACACGAUGGCGGGGCUCGAGAAUGACGUGGAGUUCAUGCAGUAUGUGUCGUCCAUCGAGUGACCCGAAAAAAAAAAACAAGAAACAAAAGGACAAAAACAAUGGGAGGUGAGUGACGUGGCAGAUGUGACUGACCCUUAGAUAUUUUUUUCCAGAUUUGAAAGUGCCACGUGUCGAAACCUGAUGGUCGCUUGUGAUGGGGUCGGGUGUUUGCUUUGGACGGUGACUUGAUCAGAAAUUUCCAAGAAGUGAUUUGAGAAACUUAUCUCAUCAUUUAACAAUAAUUUAGAGACUAAAAUCACAAGUAAUUAAUUGAGUGAUUAAA